CGACAAGAGGGCUUACUCUCCAGACAUACUGAGGUACGGCUGAAGAAAGUUACAUUGAUCGUCUCAAGCAAAAUCAUAAAUGGCAACCACGGGGAUAAAUGUUUUAGGUAAGCUAUUUUGAUUUCUUUUUUCAGCAGUUAUUCCUAUUGCCAGAAUUCGGAGCCUACCGUUGAAUCGAUAAAUUCGAGAUGAAAUAACCACUUGUAACUUCUGUAUUAAGAAGAUAUAACGAAGAGACAAAAUUCUCUGUUACUCCGAGUUUCGUGCUCACGCACUCAUCAGACAGUAUUUAAAUACUGUCUGAUGAGUGCGUGAGCACGAAACUCGGAGUAACAGAGAAUUUUGUCUCUUCGUUAUAUCUUCUUAUUCAAAGCUCUACACUUAAAAAGUGUAUUGAGCACUGUUUAACGGCUUUAGCCACUUUAUUACACGUAACUUCUGUAUUAUAAAUGACUUAUAACAUAUGUAUUUGGGAGUCAAACUGGUCGCGUUUGGUGCUUUACUGUACGGCCAAACCCUGAAUAGUCAUGGCGCCCGUAACUUAGAUGAAGAUGCGCUGCAAAGUCUGAAAUUACAACCCAUGACCGACAUUUACUUCAUGCUAUAUUCAAAAUCCUUUAACCCUUUAGGUCCCCAUGGUGACCAACAUAAUUUUUUUCUUAACAAUAUCCAUAUGUUGCCAAGAGAAAUGGUUAUGAGAGUUAAUACAAUGAUCACUAAAGAGAAAAUACUUUGAUCUGUUAUCAAACUCUCUCAACUAAUUCUUAAAGGAAAUGUAUGAAGAGCAGUUUGGAGAAUUUGUAUGUGGAUAUUGGGGCUUGAAGGGUUUUUAAAGUUGAAGAUGAUUACAAAGCAAAAGCAAUAAUUCCUUUCACAGAACAUACCUGCGCGUGGCCCACGUUUGUUCUGAGAAGGGGAAAGACCUGGGUCUUACACUAAACUCUGAGUGUCCACUAGUUUCUCCGUGAGUUAGCAAGUGCUCACGGCAAACAGACAAGAUCCGCUUUUGAAAAGAAACUAGCAAAAUUUAUAGGCUAACUUCCAGAAAUAUAUCACUUUUAUUAUUUUGUGACGAUUUUCGCAAUCGGAACAAAACCCAUACCCUUUGGGGCGGCACAAAACUACAGUAUGAAAAUAGGGGAAACCAAAACUGAAUGCAGGGCUGGCACUACGGCAAAGGGCUGAUUUAUUAUAAGCAUAUAUUUCGGCUAACAAAAUUAGCCUUCCUCAGGGCCAGAACUAUACUGAGGGAAAAUAUCUUUUAACGGCUCCAAAAAAUUGAAUUUAAAAUUCACAUAAGUGGUUAAUAAUUUACUACAAUCAUAAAUACUAGAUAGAAUAAUAUACAGGUAAAUGAUUAUACAAUAGAAAUCGAACCAGUUCAGUGUUCAUUCUUUCGGUUCAGAACGUCUGGUGACAGGGUUUUACCUCUAUCUAUGAGGUAAGCUUCUCUUGCCUUAUAGGGGCUAUGUCAGCUGGAGAGCAUGCGCUCUGAGGUUAUGCAAAUUACUUCCAACUGUCAAAAUUCUAUUGUUUUUAACGCGUGACUUUCUCCAUGUGCGCUCUGAGGUUAUGCAAAUUACUUUCAACUGUCAAAAUUCUAUUGUUUUUAACGCGUGACUUUCUCCAUUUUCUCUGUCACGUCCAAGGCUCCGAAUUUAGAGAGGUUAACAAGCGAAAUGGGUUUAGAUAAGGGAAAAUUCGAUAGAAUUUACGGAACGUUUCUUCUCUGGUUAUGCUACGUCCUCGGAGACCCAGGGGCAGAUAGUGGGGGCAAGGGAAAGUCUAAACGGGCGGAAAAAUAUGACACGAAGAAAAGAAAAGAACGGCGAGAAGAGCCCCUGGGGGCAAUGUCUUACCAGACCAGUUCCAAACGGUCGCCACCGUUCUGUCUUCUGAUUGGUGCCAGAAAACUUGUGUUUUUCUGGCACCAAUCAGAAGACAGAACGGCGUCGACCGUUUGGAACUGGUCUGGUAAGACAUUGUCCCCAGGGGCUCUUCUCACCGUUCUUUACUUUUCUCUUGUGCCAUAUUUUCCCGCCUGUUUAGACUUUCCCUCGCCCCCACUAUCUGCCCCUGGGUCUCCGAGGAUGGUUAUGCUAGAUCAAGAAUAAAAUUGUGACGACAAUUUUACUUGUAGUUUUCGGGUAAAAACGCAUGCCAUUCAUAAAAUAGUGCGCAAACAAAAAUUCAACAACAGCAUUGUCUUAUACCCUGGUCCCAGAGGUUUUUCUUGAUUUUUCUUCGCGAAAGAGAUCAAGAGCAAGCCGCGAAAGCAACGAGGAGAGUGAGAAAAACCUCUGGUUACCUUGGCCUCGGGCGUUGAUUGGUUGAUAUUUUUUUCAAACACGCAAACCAAUUUGAUUGGCUCGUUUAAUUGUAACUACCGAGGGGACGCUGAGGAUUUUCACACCUCGUUUUGCCUCUCUCUACCAGGGAAGAAAAUUGUUUGUAUCCUGCACUCGCAAUAACAUUUGCACGGGACCAAGGCACGUAAAGGCACGCCAUAUUUCGAGAUUUUGACACGGUUGUUGUUCCUGAAAGAAUAUUCGAAGAAAUUUUGACUUCGAUACUUGAUGAGCGCUUUCCUGAGUCUCACCGAGCAACAAAAGAAAGCCUUGUUCGCCGCGUUGAGUCGAAAGGAUGUGUUCACCAUUUUAUCAACCGGACAUGGAAAGUAUAUAAUAUUUCAGUCGUUACCUGAUGUUUGCAAGUACCUUUACUACUCAUACCCUCGCCAUGCAAUAAUUUUGGUUGUCUGUCCUCUCAAGUCUCUUGUGGACUCGCAUAUCCGCGAACUGCGAAUCCGUGGCGUCUCAGCAACCAGUUUGAGCAGUCCAGACGUCGACGACCAGAGUCUAUAAAUUAACUUGUUUUGGGCAGCAAAAUAUAAAUCUCCGAAUACGGAAUGAAAGUUUCCUUGUAGCAAAAAAAACAUACAACUUUGUACAAGUACGUAAUCAUUUUCGGUGCAGCUUGCAUUUUCCUGCGACGCCCAAUAUUUCUCGUUAAAGAUCUAACCAACGUUAUUUUUAGCACUGGGUCAACAAUGAACCUCUGAAAGUACAUUCCGAACCUUAAGGGUUUGUCGUGCUGCAUGACUCUUCCUAGCGCCGUUUUUCCACAAAAAAAGGAAAUGGAGCCGCCAAACCAAAAUGCGAGCCCGAUUGCCAGAAUACAUAUUAAUAUUACUAUUUUGGGUGAAUACCCGCGAAUCGACGCGAACGGCGCGCCCCGCAGAAGUAAACAAUAAUAAGCGCGAUUGAUAGACUCUUCACUUUACAACUUCCCAAUGGCACUUCUGACAAAUAAUCCCGUUGAGUCAUGUACACAGCCGACAGAACAGAUGACAAUGUUUGUGAAAAAUCCUUGUUAUUAUACCCAAAAAACGUUGAUUUUAGAUCGGCCACUUAUUUUUACAUAAAUUCUGCAAAUCCUGCAGCAGUCGUUUGGAACCAUGUUGGUUUCUUUAUAAAGUGGUGUUCCUAUUUCUGGACUCUUGUCGCCCAUCGUUAACACAUGUUUUAGCUCUUGACCCCGAUUAACAGAUCACUCUUUACCACCCAAGUGGAGAUGGUUUGUUCAUAACAUAAUUUCCCCGGGUCUACCCCUACUUGAAAAAAUAGCGGCUGAUAAGCACGUGUUUGCUAAAUUGCCAUUGGUCACUCUUUUUAAUAGCAAUUUGACGCGUUUGACAGCUGUCGUCUGCAUGAAAGUGAGAUUCGAGGCCAAGGUAACCAGGUUUUUCUCUCUCUCCUCGUCGCUUUCGCGACUCGUUGUCGCCGCUUCGCGGCUUGCUCUUGAUCUCUUUCGCGAACAAAAAUCAAGAAAAACCUCUGGGACCAGGGUAAUUGUCUUAUUCAACAAAAUAAAUCGAAGUUGUAUUUUACAAACGAGCUACAAAAGACGCUAGACCGAAGAUAAAGACCGAGACUGUUUCAACUCAUUAACAAUUAGACUUGUCUGUCGCUAGUGAUUUUAUGAUUUAGAUGCUGAUAGAACAAGAGACAUCAAGUCUUUGUUUUGAUCUUAGGGAAACAUACAUUAUCGCGCAAAAUUGUUCGAUCGUGCCGAAUCACUGCGACGUCGAGAAAAACAGAACCAAGCAUCAUUGGUAUACCACUCCACUAUAAGCAGUCCGUUGAUAAAAAGGGAAAGUAAACUCUGCUAUUUUCCAAAAAUAUGCUCGAACACAAACAGUUCAAAAACAUGGCAUUUACAGGAUCUAACUCGUACUAAGGUGCCUCUCUAAGUCCGUUGAGAACAAUCUGGACGAGCAAAUGGUCGUGUUUAUCCUUGCCGUGAAUCCAGAUAAAUACAAGAAGGAAUCUAGCCGAAUUUUAUAAUGUUUCCUUCGCCAGGAGUUUAGUUUGGUCACGAAACUCAUAUCCUGAUGCUCUUGUAAUCGUUUACCAAAAACGACCGCCGCCAACUCGAUAGCCGCUUCAUUAUAUGUCCACAUACUUUGAGCACAAGAAAAAUCCAAGAGCCAGCAACCUCUAAAAUAACUCAGUAAAAAGGUUCUGUGAACUAUAGGGAAGAUUCCAUCAAAGAUUCCAUCACUCAUUGUGGAGUAGCCGUCAUUAACUCUGCCAUUACAACGGCCGCUGAUAAGAGGACACAGUAAAUCCACGUAAAAACAUUCCAUGCUGAGGGUGUGUUGUAAUUCCAGCGGAAUAAGGUCCAUGGCUGAGAUCGAGUGGCCACGUUGAUUAAAGUGGGAAGGGACUGCUGCUGUGGCGUUUGCGUGGAGUGGAUUGUUUGUUGCCUGUCUAUGUUCUUUAAAGCGUUCACAAAGUGUGCCUUUAGUUUCACCUAUACAAGGGAGUUUCCCUUCCCCUCGGCUCCACACUUGUCCUGGAUUGCCCUUGAACAGGUUCUCGGCUUGUGGGGUAAUUAAGUACUCGUUCCCAGACGUCUCUAUGUAUUUUAUAAAUGCGGGAUUUGAGAAUCGCAUCGCAUCGGGGGGGUGGAACGCGAAAAGCAGAUCUUUUGUCAAAGACCAGGAAACAGUAAUUUUAAGUGACGAUCAUGACAAAACAGGCAAAUUACAGGUCUGUCACGUUUGUUCCACACAAACGUUUUCCCUGUCCGUUUCUUUCUACCGUCCUCGUAUGCGUACGUUCACAUUAUGGGAACCGCCACCAAGGGAGGAAGCUCAGAUGUCACUUCAACAUAAAUUGUGUGAAGAAAAAGAAAAACUGCUAUGAACCAAUCAGACGAAAGGGCGUCAAAGAAAAAGGUUAAAGUUCAAUUACCGCCAUAGUUGAACCGGGUUUAUUGUUGUUGUGUUGGUAUUUGACGUCUUGGGCAAGUAAUUCAUGGUAGUCUAAACAUAGUCACCCUAAUAUUAUCUCCAUACCCUAGUAGCGGGGCUCCCGCGCGCGCGAAGCGCGCGUGGGACAGAGCCCCAUACCCAUGGAAUAUGGUCAACCUCUUUUCGUUUGGUUGUCACGUGAUUGACCGAGCGUACGUACGUACGUACGCGUCUACAGAUUGUACGGGUGGGGUAGGGGAGACUAUCAAAAGGAAGGGAGGGGUGUCUCAGGCGUGUCUUGGCAAGUCCACAUCUUUAAUAUAGGACAUUAACAAUAUGGUCAAUUGACAGCUGUCCAAACAGGAUAGCCACUGACCAGUAUCCCAUGACCAUAUCGCGGGCUCAUGUGUCAACUCAUCGAGGUGACGUGAUUUAUUUGGAAGCUGUCCGCUGACCAGUUAACUGUUUUACUAGAUCGCGAACAACGUUCAAUCUCAUACUUUUACUAGUUUGGGAGCACAGGAAAACUGAUAAUGCACACAUAUUGGACAUCAAUGUUUUGAUCAAUUGACAGCUGUCAAAACAGAGUACCCGCUGACCAGUAUCACUUGACCGUAUCGCGGGCUCAGGUGUCGACCCGUCGAGGUCAAGUAUUUUUUUUCUUAAUUCAUAUGAAAUAUGUUGUGUUUAUGUGCUGCACAAUUAAAAUUUUGAUUGCAAACUGACCUCGGACGUGAAAAUUCAGCCAGCUGUUACAGGCAGGGAAGACAGUUGCUUUUGUUUUUUCUCACAAUGGUCACGCGUUGGUCACGCUCUACGUCCAAUUUUUAUGCUCUGAUUGGUCAAAAUUUGACAGGUGAGUUCAUGCGCAAAAUUUAUGCAGCAUCUUGAAUCUUGUUUACUUUAACAGCUGAAGCUGACAGAGUUUUGUGUCAACUUGUGAUGUUUUUAACUGUCUUUUUCCACUGGAUGUACAAAAUGAAAUUCAGCUGCUAUCAGGAGUCUUCUGUUACUCAUGGCUAGUUUGUUUAUUGGGUUUUUGGUUGAGAAAACGUCGCUUGUCAAAGUCGGAAAUCCGAUUUCGGAUGGCAUCGUUUUCGUUUUCACCUUGCUUGAUGCGUAAGAGGAUUGCAAAGUCUGAAGCGAUACUGGCUUUACCUGAUAACUUUCAGGAGCUGCAUCUCGAAUGGUAAGCCAGAGAAAUUAUUUUAUUAUAUACAUACUGAGAAAUACUCACCAAAAAGCUAUGUCGUAAAUUUUCGUACGCAAAUUAGUUCUAGCCAAUCAGAGGAGCGAACGAUGGUUUUCACACGUGAAAAAAAUGAUACGUCCAAUCAGAAUCGCGAACGAUGUUUUUUCACGUGUGAGAAAAAUGAUACGUCCAAUCAGAAGCCACAGGGGUGUACGAGUUUCGCGCCAAAAUUCCCGCCUUUUAUUGUAGCUUGCAGCGCCGCUUCGCACACAUUCAACGAGAAAAGUUUUACUCAAAGAGUUUUUCUCGCUAAAAAAGUGAAAAACAUUUCGGAAAUGGAGUGGAAUAGUUUCGUUUGUUCCACUGUUGAUAAAGAAAACGGUAGAGAGCCGGUGAAACAACAGCGGAAAGGGAUAAACAGAACGAGACGUAAGCUUUUGUUGUGCUUUUUGUCGGAGCUACUUUGCCUUUCAUUUAAGCUUAAGCUUAUAUUGAAACCGGCCGUUUUACUUAAAUUCACUCAUUUUCAAUUGUGCAUUGAGAACAAACAGUUAAGAUUACUUAUAGUUCUUGGAUUACUUCAUAUCCUCACCGUCAUUUAUGUUUUUAACAAACGUUUUUACUAAAAAGCAGAUACUUUGUUUUCGUUACCAUUUUGCGGUAAGUGUGUAGCGGCAAAUUUUAGCAUUUUUGAAAGAUUUAAAAUAAAAAGGCCGCCAAAAUGAUGAAUGUCUCAGUAUGUAUAUAAUAAACACAAUACCACAUGGAAAGUGCUUUGUACGGUAUUUACGCACUCGUUGUUUUUGUAUCAGAAAUCUUACUCGUUCGCUGCGCUCACUCGUUCGAUUUCUGAUACGUCAACAACUCGUGCGUAAAUACCAUACGCCAGCACUUUCCAUGAAGUAUUCUCUAUUUAUGCGCGUUUGUAAGAUUUGAGACAACGAUCUCACCGAGUAUCUGGUUUGAUAUAAUCUUACAGAACUUUAAAAAGCCUUUAGACAGUUUCUCACCGCAAAUAGAAAGAAAAUGUUCCAAAGAAUCUUUAGUUAUAAUUCUAGCCGGAAAAGAAAGCUUUGAGCGAUUUUCUUGCCUCGAGUUCGUCUUUGAAAAAAACAAACACCGGGAAGCUGGCUAAAACAUAAACUUCAGCAAACUUAAGCUUGAAGCUUGAAAAUUCAGGAUAUUUAGGGACACUUUAAUACUUGUCUUCCUGAAUGAAAAUUGUUGUCUCUGUUUAUGUUUCACCGAAUUAUAUUUCUUUUAUUGAUUGUUAGUAGUCUCUCUUGCAAUUUUAAUCGCUCCGAUUGUUUUCAGUCGUUCAGUGAACAUCGCUUGCAGGAGUUCUCAAAAUGCCGCGCGUUAAACCAUCAAAUAAAAAAUAAACAUGAUAAAUUCUUUAUUAUCUUGGAGCGUAACUCUGUUAAUGUUCAUUCAAACAUUCGCUACAGCUCGCACUACAAAAGUGAGAACCGGAUGGCCGUAUAGGUGAUUUUGGAAAAUUUUUUUAACAGUUUAUGAAAAUUGAAUGAGAGCAAUUUGUAUUGUGAAAUACUGCUUUCUGUCCAUGGUAUAAAAGGUUGGUUUACACGCACCCAGAUUUGUUGGCAAGAUUUUGCAAAGUAAACUUGUCGAACGCCAAAACGUUGGCCUGGUUUUUUUUUCUAAGCCUAAUUGAUCUACGGUGAUCAAUAGCCAUUACGGCUCUUAAAUGUGAUAAAAGAUGAUUACCAGUUUUUGAGUGUACAUAUGAGGCUAUCAACUCGAUGUAAGAUUUGGUUCACUCUUGGGCUGUUUGCAAAUUAUUUUUCUCUAAAAUCAGGUAGCCUUUCCCUCAAAAGUCACAUAAAUGUGCUCUAAAGUUAACUGAAUUGUGGAAUUGGAAUACAAGUUUAUUGUUUAAUUUAAAUUAUAAAUUUACUAAUGGGAGCCUCGCUUUUAGCCCUGGCUAAAUCUAUAUAUUAAUACUGCAUACCCGUUUUACCCAUGCAUACCCUAGUAAUACUUGCAUACCCCUUGUACCCAUGUAUACCCUAGUAAUACUUGCAUACCCCUAUUACCCAUGCAUACCCUAGUUAUACUGAAUACCCCUUGUACCCAUGUAUACCUUAGUAAUAUCCUGCGAGCAGAGGUUUUGUUCUCUCUUGCAUGCCUUCUAGCGUUAACGAAGUCGUUCGCGAGGCUUGUCAGUCGUGGCUUAAUUGCCAACUAUGCGACUGACAAGCCACGCGAACGACUUCGUAAACGCUAAAAGCCAUGCGAGAGAGAAACCUCUGCUCGCAGAGUAACGUCUUGCUUGUUUUCAUUGCUUUUUUAGUUGGUUUUCUUUCGAUUUUUUUACAAGGCAAAUAUUAAAAACGCUGGAAUAUAUAAACACAAAAGAAGUUUGAGGUGUCUGUAAGUUUAGCCUCCUACGCAGGCGUCCCAGCUUAGGGCUUCGUCAUACGUGGGACAGGACAAGAAAGAACGUGUCUUAGUUAAGUGGUACUCACGUUACUUUCUCGUUACCAUGGUAUUUUUAAGGUAUAACUUUGGCUAUAUGGACUGCAGCUGUAUUCGCUCAUGGUAAGUACAAAACGUUCCGGCAUAAGUAAAUAUAUUAUUUAUACGUGGCUCGAUUUCUGCUGCUGAACCUCUUCCCCAGAGCACUUUUUCCCUCGCAUGUUGACGCAUGUGAAGGGGACCUAAGAAUGAGGCUGCAGCCCACUUGUACCCACGGUAUACUCCUCUAACGAUGGCUCAUUUUAUAAAACAGCCGCUGGUAUGAAUCGUGUCUAUAACAUUAAUUUUGCUCCGGAAAAUGUCUGUAGCAUUUUCAGGAUUAUGAGAUCGAUUUUUCCUUGCAAAUAGGGGGGUGGGAAUUUCACGUGGUAAACGUGUAAGGUUAUACAAGGUUGUAUUGCAAUUGAAGUCAGUAUUUUUUUUUGCGUUUGAAAAAAUUCAAAUUAAUUACAAAAAUAAACGAAAUCUCAAAGGCAUCAUGACAUUAUCAGUGAAUUUGAACCAAUUAAUCUCCACUUGAUGUUCAAAAUCAUGACCGUUUAAUCUUGUUGUAUUGAUCUUCGUAGAUUCUUAACGUCGGUGACCGCCUUAAUUGAUAAAUCUGUAACUGUCUUCUUAUUACCAUUUGUUCAAAAUGCUUAUUCAUGCCAGUUUUAUUCAUCCCGUUUUGCAAUUAUUUGAGCCUAUGAGUAACGUGAACUCGUCGCGUUAAUAGGAAAUUAGAUCUGCUUAGAAGGCGUCGACAUUGAGGAGAAAAGUAAUUGAAUGAUCUUGACGAGACUUUUUUCGUUCUCCACUCUUUGGUCAUUCUGUUUCAUUCUCUUCAUCUUUUCCCUUCUUUCCUAUGUUCAUUUUCAUUCAUCCUCCCUUGAUGGAAUACAGUUAUGUUAUUCAUAAUCUUAUUUUCAGAUAUCAGUCUGAGGGAGACAUGUCCUACUAACACCUCAGUGGAAUUCGCGUCCAAGUUCUACCAAAGGAGAAUCUUAAGUCCCAACUAUCCAUAUCGUUACUUCCUAACUGACAGCAAUUGCUCCUGGUUAAUUCAAUGCAACUUGUUCAAUGGGUCUGGCUACAUAAUUGAAGUUGUUAUCAACGCCUUUUCAUUGGAAGGCAGUGAAAAUUCUCUUUCGUUUUACGACGGAGAUUCACCAACGACAUCUCGCCUUCUUGGAACAUAUCGUCGUUCAUAUUCUCCUGAUCAUGGUGUAUUCUACACCACUGGACCCUUUCUGUAUAUCGAGCUCAAGGUGUUACAAAAACCUCGAUGGGGGACCGAUGGCUACUGGCGGUGGAGGGAGUAUGAUCGCGGCCGCUUUAACAUCAGUUAUUUGGCAGUCAAAAAAGGUGUAGUUGAUGUUUCCGUGUUGCCAGUUCUGGCAGCUAGUAUUGUUUAUUUGUUUCUUUGCUUUAUUAAUUAACAUAUAUUUUGAAAGUGAAUGUGCUCCUCGCCGUUGAAUAAAAAACCUGUAAGCGGUUUAAAAAGAACCUGAAAAAAUCAGGCUUGACCGGAAAUGGAAUCCAUCCUGUAUUAACUGUGAGGUUCACUUUCACGUUCAUCGUUUCAGCCGCAGUUAAAAUUAUGAUUUACUUCAUAUAAUUAUUCGAAGGCAUAACACACCAUAAAUUCUCUUUUAAAAACCCCAACCCCCACCCCGGGAGGGGGGCUUAUUUGUUCAAACACAUUUGAGGGGGGCUUAGUAGAGACGGGGCCUUACAGAGAGGAGAAGUCGUUACGUCACCUUACCAUGGCAGCAAAAUUUUUGGAUGACAACAAAAUGAUAAAGUCACCUAAAAGUCUAUUUGCACUAUUUCAUACUUAACGGACCUUAUUCAAUUUCAUUGAAUUUUGACAAAUCUUGGAAAAAUUUUCUUUGGGACCGUAUCUAUCGUUAUCUAAGUUUAAAAAAAGAAAGCGACAAUUUUUGUGUUUUGUUAACUUACUCCAUAAAGCGGGCUCGUGAAAUUAGGAAGUUUCAUGUCGUAGUGGUUCAACGACAGCAAAGAAAUGUACAAAAUAGCAUGAUGCACGGUCAAAGUUGUUGUUCGUUAGUAUAAACAUAUCAUUUUUUGCCGUUCUCCAUGUCGUCGCCGUCGCCGUCGUCGUCCGGGAUGGAGGGGAUGGGGGUGGGGUUACACUCAAGGUUUGAGUAGAGGAGUGCUGUUCAAACCCUUAUCCUGUUUCAGUGCAUAAAGGGUCAUUCCUAUAGCCCCUCUUCGCCUCCCUUCCUUCAAUCCCUCGCCUAGCCAUUUCGCACUGCUUCGGAUUCUUGUUCUUUGGUUCUUUAGUUGUUCAUUUGUUAACCGAGUAUAAACAUUUUAUAAUUGUUCUCUUAUUAUUCACACAGAGACGAUCUGCAGUCCACCAUUUUCCGACAGUAAGGUGCAGUGGCUCCAUGGUUCUUCAGGCACUCUGUUUGGCCCAAAUUACCCCAAUCCGUAUGCAAACGCAAUCGGCACGAGGUCAUGUACUUGGGUGAUCUCUGUUUCUACUGGCAAUAUGGUGAACCUAACGUUCGAACAUUCACUAUAUGAAGCCGUUGGAACCCAUGGCAGCGUCGAAGUACGUGAUGGCCAGUCCGCACAUGACGAGAUGAUUUUCAACGCUGGUUCUGGUAACCAGUUUUCUGUUUAUUCAGCUGGAAGGUAUAUGAGGAUUAAGUUCAGUUUCUUUAUUAGUGGCAGGGAUGGGAACCAAGGUCGCGGUCUCAGAGCACAUUUUAAAGCAACCCGUAAGUAUAUAUUUUUUGUUAUCGUGUCCUGAUCUUUUUUUUACAUGGACCACAAUAAAUGUACCUUGUUUACCCCCAAAGUUUUGCAUAACCGUUGUAUUUGAUUUUCCUUGGCACUUUUGAAAAUGGUGAAUUAGUAUGUGUAAUCAAACCUAAGGGCUCGGGAAAUUAUUAGGACUUGGACAAAACGUGCGUGAAAUUAUACCAGUUGAUUACCUGUUUAUAUCAUGGGUGACGAAUUACGUUAGCAAUCUUGGAUUUUUGACAUGUUUUAUGUUUAUCCUGGAUGGUAUCGAUCGAGAACUCCACUCUCUCAAGUGUUUAGACCUUAAAUUUGGCUUAUAAAGUUCAGAAUUUUUCAGACUUUUUCGGCAAAAUACCUGUUAGAAUCCUUCUUGAUGUUCUCUUGUGAGUUCAGGUUUUCUAAAGCGUCUUUUUGUGCCCUGACAUGUUCAUUCACCGCAUUUUAAAACUUCGUCGCCAUCUUGACACUGAGACGUACGGAAGGGUUGCCAAGGCAAUUUUGUAAUUUCACAUGUGAAAUUACAAAUUAACGCUGAAAUUUCGCGCCAAAAUUUAUGUCUCGAGUCCCAGACCGCAAACAAACGACCGAAUAAAAAUUUGGCUCUUUAGAGUUUCUUUGUUUCAAGACGCUUACCACAUUUGUCAGAACUGCCUGGCCAGACCAGUCCAGUCUUCAGGAGAAUUCCACUAUUGAUCAGGAUUUUCCAGCCCGAUCACUUUAUUUCUAAAUGGUAUGCACGGCAGUGAUAGGUGGAAGAAAAAAAGAAUAAUAUCUUUUUUUCAAUAUGACCGGUCUUGC